AUGAGGAUGUGUGACAGAGGCGUCCAGAUGCUCGUCACCACGGUGGGAGCCUUCGCAGCCUUCAGCCUGAUGACCAUCGCCGUGGGCACUGACUACUGGCUCUACUCGCGCGGCGUGUGCAGGACUAAGUCCAUGAGCGACAACGACACGAGCCGCAAGAACGAGGAGGUGAUGACCCACUCGGGGCUCUGGAGGACGUGCUGCCUGGAAGGAACCUUCCGAGGAGUGUGCAAGAAAAUCGACCACUUCCCUGAGGAUGCAGACUACGAGCAAGACACGGCCGAGUAUCUCCUCCGUGCAGUGAGAGCAUCCAGCAUCUUCCCCAUCCUCAGCGUGGGGCUGCUGUUCUUCGGGGGUCUGUGUGUGGCCGCCAGCGAGUUCUACAAGAGCAAACACAACGUCAUCCUCAGCGCCGGCAUCUUCUUCGUCUCUGCAGGUCUCAGCAACAUCAUCGGGAUCAUCGUCUACAUCUCGGCCAACGCGGGCGACCCGGGCCAGAGCGACUCCAAGAAGAGCUACUCCUACGGCUGGUCCUUCUACUUCGGAGCGCUGUCCUUCAUCAUCGCCGAGAUGGUGGGGGUGAUCGCCGUGCACAUGUACAUCGAGAAGCACCGCCAGAUCCGCGCCCGGUCCCACUCGGAGCUGCUGAAGAAGUCGGCCUUCACCCGCCUCCCCCCCUACAGGUACCGCUUCCGCCGGCGGUCCAGCUCCCGCUCCACCGAGCCCCGCUCCCGGGACAUGUCGCCCAUCAGCAAAGGCUUCAGCACCAUCCCCUCCACCGACAUCUCCAUGUUCACCCUCUCCAGGGAUCCCUCCAAGGUUACCAUGGGGACGCUGCUCAACUCGGAGCGGGACCACGGUUUUUUACAGGUCCAUAACUCCAUCCCCAAAGAGUUCAAGGAGUCUUUGCACAACAACCCGGCCAACAGACGAACCACGCCGGUCUGA